UAUUUUUAGCGGCGCACGAACCAUAAUAAGCUGCUUGACGAGAUCGUAAAUGAGAACAUGAACGCGUCGAGCAUGUUAUUCCGAUUCGGCGUCAUUGUCACGCCGGACUCGCCGCACGUCGAGCUCUUUGUUUUGGGCUCGCGCGAGGAAAUGGGCCAGUGGGAGCCCAGCAAAGCGGUUCGGAUGACAGCGUGCCGGAGCUCCGUGUCGACCCGGGAGCCGUGUCUGUGGCUCGGCGACGUGCGGCUGCGGGAGCCCUUUAAGGACACACUGUGGUUCAAGUUCAUCCGAAGAACGGACGGACAUUUGAUCUGGGAAGGCAACGGGCCCCACCAUGACAGAACAUGCUCCUACGACGAGCAGAACGUGUUGGACGGGGUCCACUGCCACCCGAUCGCCCACUGGAUCGAAGAGACGGGCCACACGGACGAGAUGAAGCACACCACCGACUUCUACUUUAGUGUGGCUGGUCAGAACGCCAUGCACUUCUCCAGGGUGCUCCCGAGACUUUGGCUGGGCAGCUGUCCUCGACUGCCGGAACACGUGACUAUCAAGAUGAAGCACGACCUCGGCAUCAGCGCAGUAAUGAACUUCCAAACGGAGGCCGAUUUGAUGAACAACUCCCACGGCUGCGAGCAGAACCUUGGCGAAGCGAUGACGCCAGACACCAUGACGCAUUUGUACAAGCACUGUGGCCUCGUCUACGUGUGGAUCCCCACGCCUGACAUGAGCACCGAGGGUCGCAUCCGGAUGCUUCCGCAGGCUGUAUUCCUGCUUCACGGUCUCUUGGAGAACGGUCACACCGUGUACGUCCACUGCAACGCCGGCGUGGGCCGCUCGACGGCCGCCGUGUGCGGCCUGCUCAUGUACGUGCUGGGCUGGAGCCUAAGGAAGGUGCAGUACGCGGUGACGGCCAGGCGGCCCGUUGCGUACAUUGACGAGGAGGCGCUAGUGCGGGGCCAGGCAGACUUCCAUCGCAAGUUCGGCCGGCUACGAUCGUCCGUCUCCUACGCAGAAUCCUGAAGGCAAGAAGACAGACAGACGCCCUCGCAUGAACCCACCCAAGAGCGUAUAAUCAAGUUGACGAGGCUCCAGAGACCAGAGAACGACGGCGGCCGCGCACGAGACCCGAACGCAUCAGUCACGCCAGAUGCCAAUACCGCCAGCGCGGUUCAUGUGCUAAUGAUCAUGGAGGCUAAAUGAUCCAAAGAAAGGCCGGUCCAGUACUGGAAGAUGGCGACUUUGGGGGGGGGGGAAAACAGACGUCGGCUUAAAAAGUGGGAGGAACAAUAAGAUAAGGGAGCACUUCAGACCAACCCACAGCAGCUCGUGCCCCGUGUGAGGAGAAGCGGUACGGGAAAUGGAUGGAUUUGUAAUACGACUGCUUUGAGAGCUGACCAUGUUCACGCAAUGAAUUCAACUCGCAUCUCAAGGCACCACAGAAUUGUUUGCGGGAGUGUGCGGAAUAAAGCUCUUCAGCAUUCUCAGAAUUACAACAACUCAAUUUGUCCUUCAACGCAACCCAGCAAUGAAACUUUGAAAUACAAUUUUUGGUUGUGAAAAGAAACGCACGCACGUGCUUAAUUGGCACACAGGCAAUUUCGGCAGCCUUUUCUGUCCCAAUUUAAAGUGGCCUGCUCACCAGAGCGAGGAGUGUCAAAGAGUGAAAGGUUCCGCGCUGUCGAUACCAUUAAGAAGCUCUCUU